UCCAGGCUGGCGGCAAACGCCUAGUCUCAGAGAGUCUGGCUACGCGACUGAUCUCGGAGGGCCUGUGGUCAACGCGAGGAGGACUAUAAAAAAGGCCGCAGGUUUAUGGAAUUCACUUCCCCAUGGGCGUCUUUCCUCAGUGAGUUGAAGUUGCAUCCAUUGUAAACGUGUAAGCUAUUUUGCAGCAAACAUUUUACUGAAUGCACUGAUAUUCCGUAGCCUCUAGAACGGCACUCCAAGUCGUGGUUCCUAGUACUACUAGGAACGAGUUACUUGAUUACGGUUCCUGCAAUCUCCUACCUUUGGCCGGAAGUUGAAGUUCUGCUGACCACGUCACAAAAUUGUGGAUCUCUCCUAUAUUGCGUUGCACCCUCCCUCCAACAACCUUUCAGCCAAAUCAGAAGCACUCUGCUGCAGACUUAGUGGUGCGAUCACCAUGCACCAGCCGCCCAAGCCUCCGACCAUCCUGGGUCAUGAUGACAGGAGUUCUUCACCGCUCUCCAUCCACCAGCCACCCUAUUCUCCGAUCACCACCCUGACAAGUUGUGAGGAAGGUACUGCAUCACAUAAUAAGAAUCAUAAUGAUGGCGAUGGCGGCGGUUAUGGUUCCCCAGUCGCCUCCCACGUAAGCGAGCCACAAGCUGAAAACUCGCCCCCUCGGUUGGAGAGAGUACCGAUUUUCGCUUCUAUUCGCAGCCUCCCAGCACACAUGCUCAUGCCUAUCCACGGCUCCCGACUUACACCUUUGUCAACCCUAGCAAAGCCCACAUGGCCGGAAGGAGGAGUAUCAUUAGUGCAUGAUGCAGCUACAACUGCUCUCCCUGCUGUUACAGCUGCUGACCCUGCUGCUACAGCCAGUUAUCAUCCUGACUGUCACACCUUAUGCAGAGUGGGACCAGGCAGUAUGAUAGCAGAUGAGAGCGAGCAGCAGCAGCAGCGGCAGCAGCAGCAGCAGCUCCUACACUGUAGUUUCUCAGCUACAGGCGUUCAGGCUUCCAAGACGGUGGCAGGGAGAGAGCUUCCCUCUUAUGCUGAACGUGGUUCUCCCGGAGGGGCCAUCUUGGGUGCAGUAUCACAUGGACGUGGUGGGGAUGCACUUGAAAGCGUGCUGGCGUCACCAGUACAGGGAAGCAGCCGCAGUCUUGGGUCGUAUCAGUGCAGCAAACCCAGCAGCCCCAGCAGUAUGGUUGGAUUGGAGCAAGGGAAGAGCGGUGGUGAAGGGAGUGGGGCAGCAGCCAUCCGCGCUGUUUCACAGUUCCUUGGUAGGGAUGCACUCAGGGGAUUGCUGGAGCCCCAACAGGGAAGCAACCCCAGUCUUGAGGCGCCUAAGAGGAGCAGCCCUGGCAGGAUGCUCGGACUGGAGCAGCGGAUGAGCGGUGGUGAAGGGAGUGAGGCGAUAUUGAUGCAGCAGCAGCCAUCGAAGCCGCAGGAGAGCUGGGUGCGGAAGCCGACUCUGCAGCAUAAGAAGGGGGUGCAACAGCCAAACCAGCAGCCGAGGAACUGGGUGCAGCAGCCUGGGUUUCUGCCUUCUCAUGGAAGCCUGGAGUCCCUUGUGCGUCAACCCGAGGAAGAUCGGGGCAGGGAGAAGGUGAGCAGGGAGCAAGUGAGCAGGGACAUGUUGGGCAGGGAGCAAAUGAGCAGGGAGCAGGUCGGCAGAGAGCAAGUGAGCAGGGACAUGUUGGGCAGGGAGCAAAUGAGCAGGGAGCAGGUCGGCAGAGAGCAAGUGAGUAGGGACAUGUUGGGCAGGGAGCAAAUGAGCAGGGAGCAGGUCGGCAGAGAGCAAGUGAGCAGGGACAUGUUGGGCAGGGAGCAAAUGAGCAGGGAGCAGGUCGGCAGAGAGCAAGUGAGUAGGGAGCACGUGGGCAGAGAGAAAGAGAGUAGGGAGCAGGUGGGCAGAGAGCAGGUGGGAAAAGAGCAGGUGGGAAGGGAGGAGAUGAGCAGGGGGAAUGGGUCAGAGGAGCAGCCAGCUCAUACCCUGCAACAGCCAGGCCAUACCAUGCAACAGCCAGGUAACACCAUGCAGCAGCCAGGUCAUACCAUGCAAUGGCCAGGUCAUACCAUGCAACAGCCAGGUCAUACGAUGCAGCAACCAGGUCACACCAUGCAGCAGCCCGGUCAUCGCAUGCAGCAGCCACUCCAAUUUCCAGCUCAACAAACACGACUGCCAGCUCAUCCACUACAACCGCCACCUCAUCCACUGCAGCAGCCACAUCAGACUCAGGUAGAGAGCAUUUCUGCUAAUAUCGAACCCACAUAUGCCAGCACGGGUGUGGAGCACCACUUGGGCCGUCUCGAGCUUUCCACUCACCCACCGCAGACUCAGCUAGAGAAGAGCAUUCGUGGUGGCCUCGAUCCUACAAGUGCUAGCACAGAUGUGGGGCACCACUUGAGUCAUCUCCACCUUUCCAAUCAUCACUUUAGUCAUCUCGAUCUCUCCCACCCUUCAGCUCCAGCUGCGCAUGGCCAUCAUUGUGGCCUGGAUCCAACUGGUCCCUAUGGCCAGCCAGGCUUGGACCAGGCACUAGGACCGGAACAGCAGCAAGGCUUGGUGCAGCAUCCAGGCUUGGAGCAGCAGCCAGGCUUGGUGCAGCAGCCGGGGGUGGCACAACAUCUUGGCUCGGAACAAAACUUAGCCUUAGCAGGGCAUUCAGGCUCGGCACAGAAGUCAGGCUCGGCACAGAAUUCAGGCUCGGAAGAACGGUCACAGGAACGUGGUGUGGCCGCCAGAAUCGCUCAGGUGCAGCUACAGCUUGUUACGUCUGCUUGCAACCACCAGGCACCUGUGGAGAAGUACGGUAUGAAUGGCAGCAGCUACCAGCAGGAACGCAUACACACACCAAAUGAUGAGCCUGGCAGCUACCAGCGCAGCCGCACUGUACGGGCACGGUAUGGGAAUGUCAGCACCAUCAUCCCCAGCCUGCUACUUGGCAGGAGCAACAGCUACCCGCGCUGCUGCCCUGGCCACCUGGGCACGUUAGUGCCAAGCAAUGCCGCUGGCCAAGGAGCGGGAAUACAAGCCCAGAUACUGGAGUUGCCACAAGAGGUGAGGACUUCCAGGGUAUGUAUUAUUGAGGCCCCUGAAAGGAGGAGCUUUACGGAGCUGGUACAGCCUCCAGCCCCUCUGACCUGCAGUUUCCUGGAGCAAGAGUUACCUCCGGGGCAGGGGUUAUCUCAAGAACACGUGGGGGAUCGUCCUACAGAGGUGCAAGGAACGAUCGGCGGGGGAUCCAGUGGGGGCGGGAGCCGGAGAAAAGGAAGCGGCAGCCAGGAGAAGACCGACUGUCAGUCGUUUAUGGGCCGAAGAUUGGACCUAGUGCACAUAAAGGAGCAAGAUCCGAGCUUGUCAAGGUGUGGGAGUGGAAGCAUGAGCACAAGCAGGCGGGGUGGGAACGGGAGUGAGAGGGGGAGCUGGAGCAGCAGCCAGGGCUGCACAGGCAGAAGCAGCAGCAGCCUAAUUGUCCUUUCUGAAAAUCUUGGGGUCUCAGGUGCAGGCGUUGCAGCUACAGUAGCUACAGCUACAGCUGGUGCUGCUACAUCUGCUGCUGCUGCUGCUGCUACAGCCGUUUCUGGCUCAGGUGCUGUAGCAGCAAAUGGCACCAGAACACUGAAUACAGAAGCGAGUAGUCAACCAGCUGUCGCGGCUCCUGACCCACUGCCUGUAGCCCAGAGAGAAUUACAGCUUUUGGCGGUUGCAGGAGGCCCAUCAGACAUUGCAGCUGGCAUCCAAUCAGCUGCAGCAGCCAGGGGUUCAGCAGCUGUAGCAUUAAGCAUCGAAUCAGCCACAGAAGUCAGUGCUACAUCAGCUGUAGCAGCUACUGACAGAUCAGCUCCAGCAGAUACUAGCACAUUGGUUUCAGCGGCUAGUCAUGCUGCAAUCGUAGCAGCUAAUGCCCCAGCUGACCCUGCCACUGCUCCCCUCUUUGCUACAGAUGCCGCUUGCUUAUCCCCUGCAGCUCCUGCUACAGCUACGGCCGCCCCUGGAAACACAGCAAUGCGAGCACAAGGUCUCCAAAAGACUUCCAAUGGCUCUGGUGCUGCAACACACUCGCCCAAUCACAGAUUCCCCUUGCCAAAUGGGACCGCCAGGGGAGCCACUACUGCUUCCUGCCCACUCUUCCCAGAGCCUCAGUGCCCAACCAUCCGUCCUUCAGCUGCGUUUUAUGCACUGAAUCUCAUCCCCCCAAUGACACGCAUUCCUUCCACCUUCCCCCCCACGGCCACACCCCUCAAGCCUCGCUCCCUAGGGACCAUAAGUUCCGCAGCCGCCCUGCAUCCACCCAUUCACUCUCCACCAAUGGCCCCCAUCCCCUCCACUGUCCCUCCCACUACCACACCCCUCUGGCCUCCCGCCGCGGGGCCCAUCAAUCCUGCAUCUGCACAUACACUCGGUCCCUUUCCCCCAUUGGCUCCAGCCCCCUCUACCCUCCCUCCCACUGCCACACCCCCCAGUCCUCCCUCCCUAGAGCCCACAGGAACAGCUCUUCAGCCCCACUCCUUCCGAUCCCCCAGCCUCCACCGCCCCUCCUACUUGCAGCCUCGCCCUGGGUCCUUCCCUGCAGAGGAACCUUACAUGGCUCUCCGGGUCCCUCUUCAACCCCAAUACUUCCCCUUGCCCAGCCUCUGUACAUUCUAUUUGCAGCCUCACCAAAAGCCCAUCUCUGCAGACACCCUUAACACACCAGCACAGGCCUCUCAGCCACAGCCUGCCCCAUCCGCCGGCCUCCACUGCACCUCCUACUUGCAGACUCGCCCCAGGCCCGUCUCUGCUGCGACCCCUAACAUGGUUUUCCGAUCCCCUCCUCAUCCCCAGCCUGCCAUCUCUCCCAUCUCUCCCAUCCUCCAAUGCACCACCUACCUCCAGCCUCGCCCAAGGCCCCCUUCUGUAGAAGGCUCAAAUAUCGCUUCCCUGGUCACUCCUCCGCUUCCAUGCCAGCCGCACCUGUCUGCACCGUUACCAGCAACCAUACUUCCUCCUAGUGUACCUCCUUCUAGAGUAUCUUCCCCUAGUGUGCAUUCCCCUAGAGUGCCUACUCCUAGUGCGCCUUCCCCUACUGUGCCUUCAUCUAGUGUGCCUUCCCGUAGUGUGCCUUCCCCCACCAUAGCUUCUCUCAACCUGAACCCUGGCAGCUCAAGCAUGGUUGGAGGAGACGGGGAAGUGGAACGAGGCAUGGUGAGUGCUCCAUCUCGUAAACCUGUUCACCAGGCGAUGCUGCAGUGGGAGCAGACAGAGGUGCUUUUGCAGCGGCAGCAGAUGGGGCAGGUUGAGCAGCAGCAGCAGGAGCAGCAGGAGGUGCAGCAUGAGGACGAUCAUCAGGUGCAGCAGCCGCAGCAGAAGCACCAGCAGCAGCCCCAGCAGCAGAAAAAUCAGCAGGAGGCCCAAGUCUUGGAAAUGCAAAAGAGGCGCAAGAGUCCAGGGAGCCGGUACGAGACCCAAAAGACAUGUGAAUGGGACACGUUAAACCAGUACCUGCAGCAGCAUCUGCUUCGACAGCAGGGUCACCAGGCGCAGCAGGGAAAGCAGGGGCAGCAGGGGCAGCAGGGGCAACAGGGGCAGUACGGGCAGCAGGAGCAGCAGAGGCAGCAGGGGCAGCAGGGGCAGCAGGGGCAGCAGAGGCAGCAGGGGCAGCAAGGGCAGCAGGGGCAGCAGGGGCAGCAGAGACAGCAGGGGCAGCAGAGACAGCAGGGGCAGCAGGUACAACCCUUGGAGAAGCAGGCACGACGCAAGAGUCUCGGGAGCCGGUACGAGGCCCAAAAGACCCGUGACUGGGACGCAUUUAACCAGUACCUGGAGCGGCAUCAGCCACCAGUCCCUCUUGCAGAAUGUACACCCAAGCACGUUAUAGCGUUUCUACAGUACUUCAAUAAAUUCGGUAAGACUAGAAUUCACCAGAAGGGGGGAUGCGUGUUGUAUGGCACCAGCUCCCCAUCUGAUUUGUGCAGAUGCCCGGUGAGGCAAACCUGGGCUAGUGCUGAUUCGUUAGUAGGAAGGCUGAGGGUGGCUUACAACGAGAGGGUGACCGGAGUUAAGCAUUCUGGUGAAGCAGGGACAGAGGAAGGUGAGAAACAGGUGAAUGUGAGGAAUAAGAAUGAAGGGGUGGCGUCAUCCCAAGGGCUAGAGGACAGUCCGUUCAGUCAUGAAGCAAUCAGGGGGUACUUGAAGGAGCUUAAGGAGGAGGAGGAGCAAGCAAGGGGACUGAAACUAAGGAAUAAGAGGAAAUCACAUGGGGAUGACUCGUAGAGACGUCACAUGGUGAAUUCUAUCACCUCUCAUUGGUCAUAAUGCAGUUAGGAAGCAGCGAAACCACAUGCUCAUUGCAACACAAUGCAGUGGACCAGUACUAGCAGGUGUUGAAGGUUGUUCGAGGACUUUUGCAUUCUUGAAGUAUGGUUAGCCUUUAGCAGUAGUCCAAUAUCAUAUGUGGAGGGCAUGAUACAUUGGCAGUAUUGUCAACUUAUACAUAUUAU